AUGGCAUUUUUCAAGAAUUUCCAACAGAACCUUCCUUCAGUCAGUUCCCUCCUGGACUCUGUGUCAACCACUGUCUCUAGUGCUAUGGACGAUUUGUCCUCAGCUGUGAGUGAUGUGACCUACACUGUCAGUGAUCAGCUUACAGAGCAGGUCAAUACAAUCAUCUGCAAAGUUCAGACUGAUGAAGACGACAAAAACAAUGAGGCUGAAAUUUCUUUUGCUGAUGACAUCCAAAAAAGCAAUUUGAAGCAGAAGGAAACAGAAGCUUAUGGUUUAGACCUAGGUACUGAUGUAGAGGGACGAAAAAGCAGAAAAGUAAAAAAGAACUCUAUGUGGUCUAUGGAAGUCGACACAGAGGAAAUAAUGAGAGAGAAAGAAAGGCAAGAAGAAGCCAGGAGAGCUGAUGAAGAAGAGUGGGAGUGGUGUUAUGCCCCAAAUAAAGGUUGGUAUCGUAUAAGGAGAGACCCAAACCAACCACAUAAUUCAUCUCAUUCCACAGACAACCAGAAAGGGAACUGUGAUCAAACAUCAAAAGAAGAGCCUGUUACUCUUGAAAGAUGUAAGAAUGAAGGAAACAUAUAUAAUGAAAACAUCGACUGGAUGCCUCCAAGUAAGCAUGUCAAUCUUAGUACAUCAAAAGAGUCAGUAAAGAAUGAGGAGAAUGGAGAACACAUGGAAGAAGACAGUCCUGAAAGACCUGAUAUAUCGAUCCAAGGCACAUGCAGGAUGAAAAAUGAAAGUGAAAAUGAAGAUGAGGCAUCAUGUGAAGAAGGUAAACCACCAAGCUCUUCACCCAGAAACAAAGAUAAUGGGGACUCAACAAGAGGUAAACUAAAGAAAAAAGGAAAAGCCUACGGUGAUGAGGGCCAGGAGGACAUUCAAGAAAAGAUCUCAAAAUCAAAUGAAAAGAAUAAAAAAGAUGGGGAUCCAGAGAGAGGUUUCAAUGAGAGUGAGGACAAGACGCCAAAAAACAAAGACUCACAACAGCAGAGAAGUGGAUCGGUAAUUAGAGACUCUGAGAAUGCUGAGAAAGAGGAUUACAGCAGCGAGGCCUCACCUAAGCAGGGUAAACAUUUUGAACCAGAGUCUAAAAAAGAGUUAAGAAGUAAUUUUCAAAUUGACAAGACUUGUGUUGUCAUCUGGCAAAACUGACAAAUUAGGUAACAAAACAAGCACUU